ACAAGGACAGCCCCAACACAAGAGCAGGUAUGUUGAACUACAGCAUCCAUCAGUAUGUUGGUGCUUGAAAAAUUGUACAGUCUUAUAUAUGUGCAUGGUAAAUUAAUUCAGUUUCAAUUUUCAGGCUAGAGGAGAUAAGAUAAGAUUUUUUUAUUGAUUAAAAUAAAUGGACAUGUUUUUUUUUUUUUACAUUGUACAUAUUCAUUUUCAGCACUUAGAUAAAUGUUCUCACAAAGACAAACAAUGUUUAAUUAGAAAAAUUUAAACACAAGACAUCUAAAAGCUAAAUUAUUUGUCAAGCGCAAAAGUCAGCCACCAUAUGCCUUGAAACUUCACUUCCUUGGUGACAAUGUUGACAUUAAGAGUAGAGCACAUUGGUAAAUUCUGAUUAAUUGGAGAAAAAAAUUUUAAAAUCUUUUGGUCCUAACUCUGAGGGAAAGAAUUCACCAUGACCGAUGUAUCUGUGAUGAAGAGGGUGUGAUGUAUCCUCCAAAAUAUAUUUAGUUUUACAAAUUUAAUGCAUUUUCCUUCAAAUAACUCUUGAAGCGCAUGUAGUUUUGUUUGUUUCAUAAGUCUAUUUAAUCAAUAUUUGAUGAGAAAAGAUGAGUUACCACACCAUCAAGUAAUGCUAAAGUUCAGCAGGCGUCCAAUUGUUGCAAUGUAGAAUCAUCAUAAGGAUUUGUUAGUUGAAUGAAGACAUCGUACAACUUUUAAAUGUAGAAAAGUCUUUGGUUGCCUUUGUUUUUUUCAAUACGGUAUUAGGCUGUGGUCAUGCCACCUAAGCUUUUUAUUGAUGGUGAGAACUAGGUACUUAUCUCCACUUGCUCUAUACUGGGAUUUUUGUUGUUGUUGGAACUAAACAGCCGAAGAAAAUUUUUUUGACACCAAUGGAUAAAGCUUGUAACUUUGUUUCAGUAUGAAAUAUCCCCUUCAGAUAUUAAGCCAAUGAUGGUGUUAUCAUCAUCAAAUCUAAUGAUUGCAAAGGUGUCACUGUGUCUCUGGAAGUCAUUGGUAUAUUUUGUGUACAGUGUACACAAGGUGUACAGGACAGGGGAGAGAACAUAACCUUGUGUCACCCCGCUACUUACUUCUCUAGUUAAUAGUUAAUGAUAUACCUUCAUUCGCUUUGCCUUUUUGUGGACAAUUUGCUAAAAAGAAAGUUCAGAAUUCAUGAUUGAGUUUUUGAAUUUAAAUUUAUAAAGAACACUUUUUAAUCAUAAGGUGUGGUUGGAUAGUGCUAAAUGCUGAUAAAACAUCUAAGAAAAGUGAGAAGAUACAGUUCUAGACAACUACAAAGAUGAUUUAAAAAAGUGUCUUUAAAUUUUACAUUAUAUCUUAUGUUAUUUCUCCCAUUUUUAAAAUACAUACCAUUUAACAUAAAUUUUUUUUUAAAAAUCAAUAAAAGACACCAGCUUUGAAGAGUAUUUUAUGAAUUAAAAUCUUGCAUACAAUAGCUUGACAAUGCUAUUUUUGGAAAAAUCCAACAAAAUUGAUGAAGCUGUUUCAUUUUGUGAGAACUGCAGCAUAUCUUGUUUGAGACAUGUUCACCCUGAUUUAAAUUAUUUUUUGGCAGCAUUCAAAAUAAACACACCCUGAGUCACUACUACAAAGUAAACUAGGUCACUACUUAGAAGUACACACUUAGUCACUACUAGAAUGUACACUAGGUCACUACUUAGAAGUACACACUUAGUCACUACUAGAAUGUACACAAGGUCACUACUUAGAAGUACACACCGAGUCACUACUAGAGUGUACACUAGGUCACUACUUAGAAGUAAACACUUAGUCACUACUAGAAUGUACACUAGGUCACUACUUAGAAGUACACACUUAGUCACUACUAGAAUGUACACUAGGUCACUACUUAGAAGUACACACUUAGUCACUACUAGAAUGUACACUAGGUCACUACUUAGAAGUUCACACCCAGUCACUACUAGAGUGUACACUAGGUCACUACUUAGAAGUACACACCGAGUCACUACUAGAAUGUACACUAGGUCACUACUUAGAAGUUCACACCCAGUCACUACUAGAAUGUACACUAGGUCACUACUUAGAAGUACACACUGAGUCACUACUAGAAUGUACACAAGGUCACUACUUAGAAGUACACACAGAGUCACUGCUAGAAUGUACACUAGGUCACUACUUAGAAGUACACACCGAGUCACUACUAGAAUGUACACUAGGUCACUACUUAGAAGUAAACACCGAGUCACUACUAGAAUGUACACUAGGUCACUACUUAGAAGUAAACACAGAGUAACUACUAGAAUGUACACUAGGUCACUACUUAGAAGUUUAAGGUGUGUGUAAUUUUGUUUAUCUGGAAAAACUUUGGAAAUAACAUUUUUAUCUUGACCUUUUGAAGUAAAAUGUUUUCAUAUUAAACAUUGACUUUAAAUCUGUUGACAGAUAAAUAAAUAAAUAUAGCUGUGUAACCUUUCUAUAAAUUUGUCAAAUUUCUUAUUCAUCCGCAGAGGCAGAGUACGCUUUCAAACGCCGCAAGAAGAUAAUCCCACUGAUCAUGCAGAGAGGAUAUCAGCCUGAUGGCUGGCUGGGUCUCCUCCUGGGUACCAAGAUGUACUACGACUUCAGUGGCAAGUACCCAUUCAAGGCAUCCAUGGGUGGUCUUAUUAAAGCUGUCAUGCAGUUUGCUGAUGUGGAUUCCACAGACGGUGUAGAGCAGGUAGGAUGACAAGUCUUUGAUUGUCUGGUUGCCUGCCUUUGAGCAGGAAAAAUAAAGAAAUCAGACAUAUUUUACUCACGCUAAGGCAAGCUGAUCUCUUAAACCAGUGGUUUCCAGCCUGCACUGAGUUCACAUCUCAGGGUCUCCCCACGGCCAUCACAAGAAAUAAUACAAUUAACUUGAAGUUGAUAAUAAAUAGGAAUCCAUGAGAAAAAACCUUUGGAAACCACUGCUCUGAACAUCCACUAUUGAAAUGAACCUUUUAGGAAUAUUUACUCACUAAAAAUAUUAACUUCCCAUGCUAAAUUUUUUUUUUUUAAGUUUAAUAUAAUCAUCAUUGUUCUGAUGUUUUUCAUGCUGAAGAUGAACACCAAUGAUUCUCACACUCUUGAUAUUUGCCAUUAGUAAGAAGUUUUAACAUUUUAUUCAUUAGCCCCUCAUACCAUCCAAAAAUGGCUCCUUGUUUGCUCAACCUCCAACAAGUCUGCCACCCAUGACCCCAACCUACCAGCGAGCUGACCACAUGAAACCCAAGGCUGAUGUGGAGCGUAUAAAAAGUUGGUCCAGAGAAGACGUGUCCCAGUGGCUGACAAAAUACAGUUUACAAAAGUAUGCAGCUGUAAUUGUUCUUUGCUUCUACAGUUGUUUAAAAAAAAAAAAAGACAAAGACACUUUUAUCAUUCAUUGGAUUCUGCUGGGGUGUAUUCCUAAAUGUUCAUGAUGGUAAUGUUUACCAUCCCUCACUAGUGUGACACUAGGGUAAAUGGGCUCAAGACUUGCUCAUAGUGGUUCAGUCUAUUCAUUUGUAUACCAUAUAUAAACCUAACCAGGGGUCCGCAUUUUGAAUAAAAGGUAUUUAACUCUAACACUGGUACUAAUGGGGUCAGUCCAUUGACAUAUAAGGUAUUUAACUCUAACACUGGUACUAAUGGGGUCAGUCCAUUCACAUAUAAGGUAUUUAACUCUAACACUGGUACUAAUGGGGUCAGUCCAUUCACAUAUAAGGUAUUUAACUCUAACACUGGUACUAAUGGGGUCAGUCCAUUCACAUAUAAGGUAUGUAACUCUAACACUGGUACUAAUGGGGUCAGUCCAUUCACAUAUAAGGUAUUUAACUUUAACACUGGUACUAAUGGGGUCAGUCCAUUCACAUAUAAGGUAUUUAACUCUAACACUGGUACUAAUGGGGUCAGUCCAUUCACAUAUUGUUUCAGUCUAGUCAUUUGUGUACUUUAUAUGAAUAGAAGCAGAAACUGGCCCACAUCUUGAAUAAUGAUGGUAUUACAACUGGUUGUUUUGUAACCCUAGUGCCUUAUCCUAUUGAAGAUGGAAUCAGUGGCCUUUUUAUAUAUGGGGCGAAAUGUACUUAACCAUUGAUCAGUCAUGUACCUAACCAGUGUUCAGUCAUGUACCUAACCUAACCAGUGAUCAGUCAUGUCCUUAGCCAGUGAUCAGUCACGUACCUAACCUAACCAGUGAUCAGUCAUGUACUUAACCAGUGAUCAGUCACGUACCUAACCUACCCAGUGAUCAGUCAUGUACUUAACAAGUGAUCAAAUCAUGUACCUAACCCAACCAGUGAUCAGUCAUGUACUAAACCAGUCAUCGGUCAUGUAUUUCACCAUCACCAGUGAUCAGUCAUGUACUUAAAAAGUGAUCAGUCAUGUACUCAGUGGUGGUGGUAAAAGUAGACAAGAUGAACCUUUGACUGCUCUAUUACCUCAACACAUCAGCCAUUUGUUGGUUUCUUUUAAAAAUGAACCCAUUGUACACUAUGAAAUUGGCACUGUUUUUGCUUUGAGGUUUUUUCAUUAUCUAAAGUCUAAAAAAAUUUGUCUGACUAUUUAUUGUCAAAAACAUGUCUUCCCUGAUUGAAGCUUUUGAUAAUUAAUAUAGUAUCACUAAGUUUCCUUGUAGCGGUAAAUGUAAAAAAAAAAAAAAAAAACAAUAAAUAAUAAGAGAGUUAAUGACAGUUGUUUUUUCUCGUAGCUCCAGAUUGUACGACACGGUGACAUGAACAUGGGCGUGGGUGUCGCCAUGUUCCCACUCCCCUUUGAUUACGUCACACUAUCACCGAGGUACUAAAAAAAAAAAAAAAAACAAUAAAUAAUAAGAGAGUUAAUGACAGUUGUUUUUUCUCGUAGCUCCAGAAUGCUGCAGUUGAGAAGUCAAGAGAUUAUUUUCUUGUACAACUUAAAGUAUGAGGUGAGUAAGACCGAGGUGGGUGGAACGAAUUCAUUCUGUUCAGUUCAAAUUGUGUGCUGUUACAUUGUAACAGAGCUUCAGUUUUAAAAAAGGGUACAGUUACACCGUAAAAAAGAUUCAGUUUAAAUUGUGUGCAUUUACACAGACUGUAAUAAAGAUUCAGUUUAAAUUGUGUACAUUUACACAGACUGUAAUAAAGAUUCAGUUUAAAUUGUGUACAGUUACACCAUAAUAAAGAUUCAGUUUAAAAAAAAAGCGUGCAGUUAUAUUGUAUAAAAAUAAAGGAGUCCAUAUUUUACUAUUAAAAAAAAUUACAAUUUUUAUAAGUGGAUAUUUGAGUUUACAUCAGUUCACUAAAAAUGUUUUUUCAAAUCUGUAAUGUUGUUCGGUGAAGUCAAAUUUUUUUUUAGGUCAUAGCCAAUCAGUGAUUUAUGGGAAAAGAAUUGUCAAUGUUUCAAACGACUUGGCUUUCUGUUUUGGAUAAAUAAAAUAUGCCAUAAGUUCUAAACAUACGCUGUGUUGCAACUAAUUUUAUUCUUUAUAUUGAUUCAUCAACUGCAGGCCCCGGAAUUUUUUUAUCAUUGUCUCGAGUCCAAGCUGAACUUGAUAACACUGCAUGAUCUGGCCAGUGCGUCUGAAGCUUUCAUGGAUCUGACAAUGAUCUGACAAUGAUCUGACAAUGAUCUGGCAAUGAGUCUAAGCUGCACUUGAUAACCCUGCAUGAUCUUGGCAAUGCAUCUGAAGCAUCUUUCAUGGAACAGGCAGUGAUCUGACAAAUUCAACUAACAUGCUGUCUGGGACCAGUAUUUUUCACA